GUAGUGAACCGUAUAUGUUUUCGACGAUGCACUUGCUGUUUCCUUCAUAGGAAUACCAAGUUAUAACAUUGUUAAUGAUGUGGGCUUACUAAAGAUAUAAGGUUUGCUGUGUGAAUCAAAGAUACCCCGAUCCUACUAUAGAAUAGUAAUUGCUAACCUAGCUAACUCUUCUAAAACAAUCACGUCAGGUUUGCUCGGCAAAUAAGAGUAUUUCAUAUUUCAAGGCGUUGCUUUGCUUUAAUCGUACAUUUGCAUAUUCCAAAGUUACGCUAGUUUCUAUAUUUGGCCAUUAUUAUGCUAAAAGCAUAAUGUCAUGCUAGAUCUGGUCACACCAGUGUUUCCACUGUUCAAAUUUUAAUUUUCUUGAAAGCGAGGCUGAAAUAUUUCAACAUUUUCUUAAAACUUUUUAAGCGGAAUUUUAUUUUUUUGUAUAUAUUCUUAUCAGUUUUAUCCCCAAAACAAGUCAUGUUGGCAUGCGUCUACUAGUUUUCAAUGAUUAAUGAAUAAUUCAUUCAUUUUCUGUUUUAAAUGGCCAAUCAAAUGAUAAUGAUGAGAAACAUCAUCAUAAAUAAUCAUCAUAAAUUAUAAAAGUUUCAUGCCUUUGGACUCUUUCUCCCAUGGCAAUGAUGGCUUACCCAAAAUGCGCAAAAGUGACAAAUAAACAAUUCUAAAAGGAGGGCUUCUUAACUAACUUGUGUUUAUAAGAUUGUCAGACGAUAGUAAUGCCAUUCGGUUGGUAGGAAUUCAUAAAGUUUUUCUGGUUUAGGACGAUAGGUCUUCAAAGUGACGAAUGAAUAUCUGGGCUCUGCCUCACUCUUCGGGACUGUGAAAACCUGACUUAAUGAAAUCCCAGGUGUUCACAUUUUUGCGAGCAAACUGUACGAUCCAACGUAUCGUCAUCAAUUAAGUUUUGUCCGAAAGUGUUAUUUGAUUGAUGAAUAAUAACAUUGCCAACCAUCGCAGAAAACCUUCUCUCCAGAGAAUACCCCAAGCACUUGCUACGGCUGGGUGAUGUUGAGUUACAAAAGCAUGACAAAUGAAUUUCUUGCAUGUGUCUAUAUACUUUCCAACCUAAGUUGAUAACGAUUACUGAACGGUUCUUGACAAUUUCUUUGUCAAUGCUUGAUAAGGAACUUGGACUUACAGUGGGAGAGAGCAAUUCAAAAGUUCUUCAAUUUUCGUGCUGCCUUAAAAAGACCGACAAGAUUCUGCGAAGUUGGCAGAAAAACCUUUGGACUGCGUUCCAUAUUUUGAAGAAGUCUUAAAUACGACAAAAAAUUUGUUGCUGUAUGACCGGGUGCUGUUCUCGUAAAUUUUAACUGAGUCUUCAGCACAAAAAAUUCCAGUCUGGAGCAAAAACUUCUCGAAAUGGAUUCUUACAAUCUUGCCAUCAGGAACUCGGAUGUGGUAUCGACAAGAGACAAUGCUUGGGCACUGGUCUGGAUAACCGGGCGACGUAAACAUUGUAGAUGUUUCAGUUAAGCUAUAAUUGCAGGCUAAAGAAGAAAAGAGGAGUUGAAAUGAUGGCUCUGCAAUGCUAAGAAGACUUAAGGGAUAAAGAAGACAGGAUCUGGGGACAAGGAAUCAUCAACAGAGAAGGCUCACAAAAGAAUAGCCAUAAUAAAUCAAUCAGAUCAAACAAGCCACAAGAAAGUUUGGGAGAACUAUUUACACGUGAGAUGGCAACCUGCAAAGGGCUGAAGGACUGUGGCCUCCCCUAGCGCUUUCAAAGUUGAAAUUUCUAAAUACUUCACAUACGUUUUGCAUUUUUAAUUAGCUGCUUAUACUUGAGCAAUUUAUUUGGCCGAUGGAGGAAUAUUUGUAGACCAUUUUUUUAUAAACCAAUUCAAUUACAAUCAGAAAUACUACAUAACUAUACUCUAAAACAAUAUCUACUUUACAACUCAGAUACGAUGAAUGACUACACUCGGGAUAAAGCAAGCGGAGUAUUAUUGAAAAAUUUAUGGAAUUUAAUGAAAAAUUAAAAAAAAAGGACACAACAAUAGGGCAGCUAUAACUGAAAAUUUUCCCUACUUCGUCACCAGUGCGGUCAUUUACAAUUUAGAAUAACAUAAUGCAGAAAUAGAAAAAUAUUCCCAACUUAAUUAAGGUAUUGACACAUUUAGACAUCAAACAAUACAGGACGAUACCACAAGGGUGUGUACAUGCACAUCUCCUUUGUAGCCAAACAGGAAAAGAUCAACAAAGAAACACAAAAAGGAGGAAAUGGGAAAAGAAAAGAAAAAGAGGAAGGUGGGAUUUGCAGCUACCUUACCAGGUCUUGAAAAUAAAAACGAAAAAAUGAUCAUGCGAUUUAUUAAGCAAAAGAAGUAGUGAAACCAACUCAUUCUCAUAUAAACUGUAAAUAUUUAAAUCGUAAAACAUGGAUAUGUCCGAUACUUUGUCAAGGAACGGGCCUCUAUGUGUUGAGUGUUCAUGGCAGAGCAGCAAGAAAAGGGCGGUGUCUUCUUCACCGUCAUUAAACAUGCACAUCGGGUCGGUUGUAUCAUUAAAAUUAUGCCUAAAUUAAGGUUCAUUCAAAUAACUAAGACUAACUUUUAGGUGGGUAAGAUAUCUUAACCCAUCGGGAUCGUGAAUGCCUCCUUUCUCUUUGGGCCUUAUUAGGCUUAACAGCUUGGAUUUAAUAAUUGACAAAGAAGGUGAUGGCAUACCGUAAAAACCAGACCCUUUAGGCCAAAGCGAAUUAGAUUUCAAAUUACUACACAGCAAAUUAAAUUUACAGUUUUUAUGUAUUUACAAUCAUGAUUGAAUCGUAUUUUUCAUUUUCUGAGCGAGGUAUUACAGAUAUUUCAAUCAUACUUUUACGGCCAUACUGUUCUAGAUCAUCGAUCGAUUUCGCUUUCUGUAAAUCUUUUUUUUAUAGGUCUUUCACUCUCUUUAAUAGAAGUUCAUUUUCGGCCUUCAGUUCUCCAUUGGCUUUUAAAGCGUUCCCGACUUGUUUCCUGAAGGAUUCAUAUUGUUUCGACCGGAAUUGUUGGGUUUUUCAAUCUCGGUAAGUUUUCGUUCGACCGAAGAAAGACGAGUGGAUAAUGCUCUUUCUAUUUCUAAACGCCCUGAUUGUUUGAGGUCAGGUCUCUACCUCUCUCGCCGGUAGCUGUUUUCCUAUUUGACCCAGAAACUGAGAAGGAGAGCUCUCUGUGAACAAGAGCCUAAAUUUGUGUGAUUCAUUGUCUGAUAUGAAUUAAUCUAGUGAUAUCCCUUGAUUCUAACAAGCAAAAUGAAUUAAACAACAGAUUGGAUGAUUUUACGUGCAGAAAUGAGGAGAAACCUGGCAAAAAGUAACCCAUAUGCUCAAAGCAUUAUAGAUCACUCAAAUAUUAAGGACAGUCCAAGUGAGCUACAAAUGAAAGAAAACCGUAAAAAAUGGAGAAUCACAUGCAGCUGGUUACCCAAAAGAUAUCUGCUGGCAAUCCUAAGCUUUUUGGGAUUUCUAAAUCUCUAUUUUUUGCGAGUCAAUCUCAGUGUUGCCUUAGUUGCCAUGGUUUCAAAUAAAACAAUAACCAACUCUUCUGGCUAUGUUGUUUUUACAGAGCCAGCAGACUUUUCUUGGAACACAAAAGAACAAGGUAUCAUCCUGAGCUCUUUCUUUUAUGGUUACAUUAUCACCCAAAUACCUUCUGGAUAUCUUGCCGCCCGUUUUGGUGGGAAAAACCUUUUUGGUGGAGGUAUUCUAAUGACAGGACUGUUUACAUUACUAACACCAUUAGCAGCAAGAAUGAGUAUUAAGUUUCUCAUAGCUGUUCGAGUGUUGCAAGGAUUAUCUCAGGGCGUCACUUUUCCAUGCAUGCAUGCGAUUUGGAGCAGAUGGGCUCCACCAAUUGAAAGAAGCAGGCUGUCAACGAUAUCUUUUUCAGGACCAGUUGCUGGAACGGUUCUUGGAAUGACAUUGUCAGGAGCGAUAGCUUAUAACCAAGGAUGGCCCGCUGUUUUCUAUUUCUCUGGCCUUGUUGCAAUUAUUUGGAGUGUUUUUUGGUUUUGGAUGGUUACUGAUUCUCCUUUCGAUCAUCCUACGAUUACAGAUAAGGAACUUGCUUAUCUCAAACAGGAAUUAUCAGACGAUAAGACCGAAUCAAAAUUAACAACGGUUCCGUGGAAGGAAUUGCUCUCAUCUGGUCCCGUGUGGGCAAUUAUUGUCGCGAGUUUUACAACGAACUGGGGUCAUUACAUACUACUUACGUCACUUCCGACUUAUCUCAAGCUGGUGCUAAAGUUUGAUCUACAAAAGGCAGGGUUUCUGUCCGCUCUUCCCUACCUGAUAAUGACCAUAAUGAUUCAGAUGGGGGGACAGCUUGCAGAUUUUCUACGGUCCUCGGGAAGAAUGUCAACCACUACUGUUAGAAAGCUUUUUACUGCAAUAGGGUUCAUGAGCCAAGGCGUUUUCAUGAUAGUCGUUGGGUACAGUACAAGCAAAUACAUGGCCAUUUCUGCUUUAGUCAUGUCGGUCGGAUUAGGUGGCCUUGCAUGGAGUGGUUUCAUUGCCAAUCACCUUGAUAUAGCACCGCGCUAUGCAAGCCUCAUUUUUGGAAUCAGCAACACUUUCGCUACCAUUCCAGGAAUUGUCGGUCCUCUUGUUGUUGGAUUUGUCACUACACACGAGACUAGAGAAGAAUGGCAAAUAAUAUUCAUCAUGUCAGCGGCAGUUUACGGGUUUGGAACUCUGGUUUUCUUGAUUUUUGCCUCCGGUAAGAAGCAGCUGUGGGCAGAUCCGUAUGGGCACCAAAGUACUUCUGAAGACAACGAUGAUAAAGACAUGUUGAUGAAAGAGGGUGAGAAAGGUACCCCAUCGGCUACCAAUGAAACUUUUGAGAAGAAGGAAGCAGAAACUCUCAUGCCAGGUGCUGUUGCCAGUUAUGGUUCAGUUGCGAGAGACACAUCUCAAGUCUAAUUCUUUAUGUAAACUUGUACUUUCGAGACAGCUUUAUCUCAAAUUGCUUGUUCCCAUUUCAAAUGAGUUGCAGUUUUUUCCAAACACUCAUUCAACAUUGUAUACAAAUUGUCCUUCUGGGGCCCUUCUGCUUGUGACAAGGAUGCUCUGGUAAACUUGUCAAGUGGCAUGUUAGCGAGUCCAGAAACAUCGAAAGACCUUCUUGGCGCGAAGAGUAUGCUGAGCGUUGCCUACUCUAUCUAGAAAUGAAAGGUAUUUCAAAUUGAAUAGUGAUUCUUUUCAAAUAUUUGGUUAUUAACAUAAGUAGGUUUUAUAUCAUUAAAAUGGCUAUGAAAGGAGGAUCAAUACAGAAUGCAAAUUAAUAAACGGCAGUAUAAUCAUCCUCGUCCUAGACAUUUUUCUCAGAACUAAUAAACCGAAUUUUAGGCUGUUCUGAAAUUUGUGUGUGAGACAUCCUUUAUCAGUGAGUACUGUUAGAAAACAAAGGCUUCCCAUCUGACUGAUCAUACAUUUACUGAUCAUACACUGAUUAACUUAUCAUACAUUGAUCAACUGACCAGACAUUGAUUAACUGAUAAUACACUGAUUAACUGAUCAUACCUUGAUUAACUGACCAGACAUUGAUUAACUGAUAAUACACUGAUUAACUGAUCAUACCUUGAUUAACUGACCAGACAUUGAUUAACUGAUAAUACACUGAUUAACUGAUCAUACACUGAUUAACUAAUCAUACAUUGCUCAACUGACCAGACAUUGAUUAACUGAUAAUACACUGAUUAACUGAUCAUAUCAUACACUGAUUAACUAAUCAUACAUUGAUCAACUGACCAGACAUUGAUUAACUGAUAAUACACUGAUUAACUGAUCAAACAUUGAUUAACAGAUCAUACAUUGAUUAACUGAUCAGACGUUUACGAGGUUAAAGGGAAUAAAAAAUAAUCCAUUGGUGACAUUUUCAAUAGGCAAGCGGCACUGGUUGGCCUAUUUUGAUCCAUAAUUGGGUAUAUACACAACUGUCUAUUUCUUGGGGAGAGUUUUUGUCAGGCGAAAAGCUAAUGUAUGAUCCAUAAUAAAAUAUAAAUGCUUUAUCUACCCCCGAGUAAAUAAUUCCAAUUGUCUUGAUUGUGGAAACCAAUAAGCACUGUUCCCAUUAAUUUUGGGAACUAAUAAGUGUUUUUUAGAGGAAAGGUGGUAUGAUGCAAGCUGAAUAAUUUCCUUACUCCAAGGACACAAUAUUUAUUUUUAAAUGAAAUUGCAUCGUUAAAGCAAAAAGAAAGAAUACAAUUCGUAUUUGUAAGAGUAUUUGUAUUUUUAAAGCAAUUUUCUUUUAAAUGUAAAAUUUCAAUGUUUUUGUGGCCAAACUAUACGCCAGUGGGGAUAUAUAAAAUUAGAUAUUUUCUUUUUCA